AUGAUAAGGUAAGUCUUUAAAACCUUUAGGAGUCACUAUGAGGUCUAUUGUAUGUCUUUCGCUUCUCUUUGUCUCUGUGGUAAUAACAUCCAAGUCUUUUCACCCUGAAGUCUCCAUCACUGGACAGUCAGGAUUAAGAUUAAGCCUAGUGGAUGAGGAUGGAAUUGGGCACGUUAUCUAUACAACCCGCUCAAAGAAUGGACAAAGGAAAUAUAUCGUUGAAGCUAAAAAUGAUGACGACAUAUGGGAGUAUGUGGACUUCGAUGCUGCCGCUCAAACAGGAGAUGUGAUGGAAUACAAGACUUCAGUUCUAUACCAUGACAAGUGGGUGGAGUCGGAGUGGAAUAAAGUUUCUCUUGUUCCUCGGGGACUUACAAUGCCAAGAAAGAGUAGAAGGUCUUAUACCGUAUUUAGGGAUGAUUUCAACUCAUUCAACAGAGGUUCGUACAAGGUUGAAGUCAGUGCUUGGGGAGGCGGUAACGGUGAAUUUCAAGUUUACACGCCUGAGCAUAAUAACCUACAUGCUGAAAAUGGAUAUUUAUACAUGAAACCGACACUUACAACGGACCAUCCAAGUUUUGAUAAUGGCAGACUCUAUAAUGGUCAAAUGGACACAAAUGCUUUGUGGCAUACAUGUACAAAUGGUGCAAACCACGGCUGUUCCAAAUCAUCAUAUGGACAUGAAAUUCUCCCACCUAUAAUGUCAAGCAAGAUUACGUCAAACGCUUGUGUUACAUACGGGCGGGUCAACAUUCGCGCACGCAUUCCUAAAGGGGACUGGUUAUGGCCAGCUAUUUGGCUCCUGUCUUGUCACAAGCAUUAUGGAAGCUGGCCAAGAUCCGGUGAAAUUGACAUCAUGGAAUCAAGAGGAAAUCUGAAGGCGGAGGAGCAUGGGUCUAACCAUGGUGUUAGUUAUGUAGCCUCCACUUUGCACUGGGGCCCCGAUGCUAAUCACAAUGCAUAUUACCUCACCCAUAAAGGAAAACACGCCCACAGUGGCGGAGAUUGGCACGGAUGGCACACUUACUCACUGGAGUGGACUGAUCACCAUAUCAUUACAUAUGUCGAUGAUGAGGAAAUCAUGCAUAUCACAACUCCUAGCCAAGGUUUUUGGAAUUGGGGACAUUUCCAUGGUAACAACAUUUGGGGAAGUCACCAUAAUGCGCCGUUUGACCAUUCUUUCCACCUCAUUUUGAAUGUCGCUGCUGGCGGGGGAUUCUUCAGUGAUGGUACCCAAUACAACACACCCAAACCCUGGCACAGAGGCUCCUCGCAUCCUAUGAGGGACUUCUGGGAGCACAGGGGUGACUGGUUACCGACGUGGCAUGGCGAUGACGUGGCUAUGUUGAUUGAUUACGUGGAAAUGAUUCAAUAUUAAAGUUAAUUAUCUUUA